UUGACUUUGUCAGGGUUUCUGCAACUGUAAACAGAAGCAACCGUGGCGAGUAUGUGGCAGUGGAAAUGAAUGCUGAGGUGGACGAAAUCGAAACAGCAGAUUUAAAAGAUGUGGCUGAACCCCGAGGAGGUGCUGCUGAAGAAUGCGCUGAAGCUGUGGGCGACGGAGAAGUGCAAUGAUUACUUCGUUCUGCAGAGGAGGCGAGGGUAUGGGGAGGGCGGAGAAGGUCUGACAGGUCUCCUCGUGGGCACGCUGGAUGCUGUCCUCGACUCCACGGCUAAAGUUGCUCCAUUUCGCAUCCUGCAUCAGACACCCGACUCCCAGGUCUACUGGUCCAUAGCGUGCGGUGCCACCAGAGAGGAAAUAGAGAAGCACUGGGAAUGGCUGCAGAAGAAUGUCAUGAGCACGCUCUCUGUGUUCGAUUCCAGUGAGGAUAUUACCAGCUUCGUCCAGGGAAAAAUAAGGGGUCUGAUCGCGGAGGAGGGGAAGAGCUCGCUGGUGAAGGAGGAGGACCCAGAGAAGUUCCGCGAGGCGCUGCUGCGCUUCCAGAAGUGGUUUGGUCUGCCGAAGGAGGAGAAGCUGGUCACCUAUUACUCCUGCAGCUACUGGAGAGGACGGGUCCCCUGCCAGGGCUGGCUCUACCUGAGCACCAACUUCCUCAGCUUUUACUCCUUCCUGCUCGGAGCCGAAGUGAAGAUCAUCAUCUCCUGGGAUGAGAUGUGGAAGCUGGAGAAGACAUCCACAGUGCUCCUGACGGAGGGUAUCCACGUGAGGGCGCGGGGCGAGGAUUAUGACUUCUCCAUGUUCCUGCACCUCAAUGAGACUUUCCUGCUGAUGGAGCAGCUGGCUGACUACUCCCUCAGGAGGCUGUUCGACAAGGAGACCUUCGAGGGAGACCCGGCCCUGAAGGACCCACUGCAGAUCACCAAGCGAGGUCUGGAGACUCGCGCUCGGAACGAGCAGUUCAGGGCGUUCUUCCGUCUUUCUCGCAGUGAGAACCUGCUGGAAGUGCACGAGAGCUUCCUGUGGGUGCCCUUCAACCAGUUCAACACGCUGGGCAAGAUCUGCAUGUCCGAGAGCUACCUGUGCUUUGCCAGCCAGGAUGGGAGCCAAUGCUACGUCAUCAUCCCCAUCCGCGAGGUUUUACGUGUAGAGACGCCAGACAAGGGCAGCAAAGCACUCACCGUGUGUGUGCGAGGGAAGAGAGCACUGCGCUUUACGGAGGUCAGAGAUUUUGUGCACCUGGCUGCCAAAAUCCGCAGGAAGUGUGGGGCAGCCGCGAGCCCCCAGCACAGCGACAGUGGAGAGGUCCCUCGGGAGGUGUGCCAGGCCCUCAUUGAGCACUGCGAGGACAAUCCCGAGGAGGAGGCGCUGAUGGUGGGGCAGACGGGCAGCAGCAGGGCCGUGAGCACCGAGGCGCUCAUGACCGUCUUCCACCCGCAAGACGCAGAAAACCUCGAUCCCAAAAUGCUGAAAGAGAAGAUGAAGGAGCAGUCAUGGAACAUUCACUUUGCUGAGUAUGGCCGGGGGGUCAGCAUGUUCCGCACCAGUAAGACUCGAGACCUGAUCGUGCGCGGCGUUCCCGAGGCCUUACGAGGAGAACUCUGGAUGCUUUUCUCAGGCGCUGUUAACGACGUGGCCACGCACCCCGGCUGUUACGCUGAGCUGGUGGAGAAGUCUGUGGGCACCAGCACACUGGCGACUGACGAGAUCGAGAGGGACCUGCAUCGCUCCCUCCCUGAGCACCCUGCCUUCCAGAGCGACACAGGCAUCUCCGCCCUGCGCAGGGUCCUCACCGCAUACGCCUACAGAAACCCCAAGAUCGGGUACUGCCAGGCGAUGAAUAUCCUGACGUCGGUCCUGCUUCUGUAUGCGAAAGAGGAGGAGGCCUUCUGGUUACUGGUGGCAGUGUGUGAGCGCAUGCUGCCUGAUUACUUCAACCACAGGAUCAUUGGUGCCCUGGUGGACCAGGCCGUGUUCGAGGAGCUGAUUGGGCUCCGGCUGCCCCAGCUGACGGAUCACAUGACCGACAUGACGUUCUUCUCGUCGGUGUCCCUCUCCUGGUUCCUCACGCUCUUCAUCAGCGUGCUGCCCAUCGAGAGCGCCGUCAACGUGGUCGACUGCUUCUUCUACGACGGCAUCAAGGCCGUCCUGCAGCUGGGGCUGGCCGUGCUGGACUACAACAUGGAGAGGCUGCUCCGCUGCCAUGACGACGCAGAGGCCGUCACCAGCCUCAACAAGUUUUUCGAUAACAUUACCAACAAAGACAGCCCUCUCCCAUCCACAGUCCAGCAGGCCCCAGUGGGGAAUGAUGGGAGCAAGUCUCAGGUCACAGUGGACAUCACCGAUCUCAUCCGGGGGGCCCCGCUAAUGCUCUCGCAACUACUACCGCUCCGCAUCGACAUUUCCGCCUGUCCCGAUACUUGUCCGCCCCCCGCUUAUGGAAUUCCGCGGGGCCCGACCGGUAAACGUAUAGGCCUGCGCCAGGACGCCGCCCCUCCGUAUCUACUCAAGUAUGGAGACAUCCGUUCAGAGGAAGUGGAGAGCCUGAGGCGGAGGAACAGACUGUAUGUGAUUCACACUCUGGAGGACACGACCAAACAAAACAUUCUCAGGGUUGUCUCCCAGGAGGUGAAGUUCAGUGCAGGUGACCUGGAUGAGAUGUAUGAGUUGUUUAAGAAACAGCACUUCCUGAGCUGCUACUGGAGUAUGAGCUGUCCUGCGCUGACGCACCACAAUCCCAGCCUGCCUUACCUGGAGCAGUACCAGCUGGGCAGUGAGGAGUUCCGGGCGCUCUACUGCCUGCUGAGCCCCUGGGCACACUGCUCCAGCCGGGACGCCCUCGCCCUCGCCCUCGCCACCUUCCGCCUGCUGGACGAGAACCAGGACGGGCUCGUCAACUUCAAGGAGUUCUGCUGCGGACUGGAUGUGAUAUACAAUGGAAGCUUCACAGAAAAACUGAAGUUCCUAUUCAAGCUGCACAUACUACCAGCUCUCUCAGAACCUGUAGAAACAGGGAGCCCUAUGGUUCCAAAGGGCCGCACACUUUCCAAGGAAGAUCUGAUGCACUUGAGUCGGCUCGAUGUGUCGUUACCUGGCCUUUCCCAGGAUGGAGUGAUAAGGAAGAGCCCAGAGAGAGGGAAAGGUAAGGUUGACCUUCAGGCAUACCUCAAACAAUGGCAGGAUGAGCUUCUGAAGAAAGAAGAAAGCAUCAAGGAUUUACCCAGAAUAAACCAGUCCCAGUUCAUUCAGUUCUCCAAGACCCUGUAUAACCUCUUCCACGGAGCCCCAGAGGAGGAGUCCCUGUACAGGGCCGUUACCACGGUUACCAGCCUCCUCCUGAGGAUGGAGGAAGUGGGGCGCAGGCUGCAGGGUGCACAGGGAGAGGGGAGCCCCCCCCACACGGGCACGGCAGACAGCACCCCGCUCAGGGAGGAGGAGGAGAAGGAAUGGUCCUUCGCGUUCGAGCAGAUCCUCGCCUCUCUGCUCAACGAGCCAGUGCUGGUCCGGUUCUUCGAGAAGCCUGAGGACAUGCGGGCCCAGCUGGACCACGCCAGGGCGGCUCAGCUCAAGGCCUGAACACCUGCGCUGAUAUUAAACUGCUUCAUAUUGUUCCUAAUGAAAGCCAUAAGGUCUUCAGGGAUCUUUUUUUAGGGAUGGGUUUACCGACUCCCUCCUGUUAAGUGUGUUGGAAGUUUUCCCCAGUUUUUGAUUCCAGCACGUACUAGGGUGCUAAUCAAUCAGCUAAUCAACAUUCUGAAUGCUGGCUGUACCCUGAUCAACACGGGGCUGUAGCAGGAGAGAAUGUUUAACUUUAAUAUUGAAGGCUGUUUUUAUUUCCCAGUUUUGCCAGAGGGAAUUCUAAACACUAAAAUAAUUCCCACCCAAGUCAAAUAGGAGACAGGUUACAAAAUGUGAUGUGAUGCAGCGGCAGAUUCCAUAGAGCGGAAUAGAGGUGUCAGAAAUUGCUAGAUGUCAACAUUAAAAUCUAUUGAUACGGGGGGGAAAGGGGAGGGUUGGAUUAAAAUAUUUUUCUUGAUUUAUUAAUGAGGAUCAUCCUCAAGAUGCUACAAACAAUCAGGGGGGAUGCAAAGCACAAUAUGCUUUCAGGGUACUGCUUUUAUAAAAGGGACACAGUGCAUCUCAGCCAGAAACUGCAGCUGUUGUUUAAUCUCUAGAUACAGUUCCUGCAACAGACUGCAGAGGGCAGAGUGAAAGCAGCAACAACCUGUGAAGUACUGUAGUUAUCUGUCCAGACAUAUGAAGGGGGUGAGGGAAUGGUUUUACUGUGUUCGUACUGCAUACCCGAAUCAAUAAUGCAUUGCUUGGCAAGUCCUUUUUAUGCAUGCCCUGUUGGAACAAGCACCUGAUUGUAAAGCUUGCAUCCUCGAGUGGAAAUGGAGGUUUCCCGUGUGAAUAGAAAACAAGAUCAAGCUGGUCAGGUUAGUUUCAGAUGGCUUGAUACUAAGCACUCACUACAUACCCAGAGUUCUCAGAUCAUCUUCAUACUUCUGCAGGAGUGUCCACAGUUUUCCUGGAUCGUUCUUGGAAGACUACUGUUCUUGUUAAUGGCAAACUCCUUGCCUCACAUUCCCUGUUCAACUGGUGUAGCUUUUCAAAAAGCCUUCUCAAGAGUCCUGUACAUUAUCAUAUAGGCACUGUAUUGAACUGAACUUAAAAAUAGCAUUCCUGCAUCAACAUUGCUCUGUUGAGUGUGUGUGUGUGUUAUUCAGUACAAUUGGUUGAAAUAGUACUUUUUUUGUAACAGUUCGGCUGUUGCCUAUAAUACUGUGCUGUACAUGGUAGCUGUACCAUAUACAUGUUGCACCAGCUCAAGCCACAGGGAUACAGUAAGGCUUGUUGCUGUGGUUCACCAUUUAUUUAUUGGUUUGCAGUAAAAGAAAACAUUUUGUCUGCAACUGUAUGUACAACUUAAGUUUAGGACAGGGAAUGAAAAGAUUGACUUUUGAGGUCUAUAUUGUUCAGUAUUGUCAAUGUUUCCAAUGUAUUUUUUAACCAGGAUAUUAUUCUUGAGAUGGAAGGUGCAUGUUAUUGAUCUGGUCAUGACUGUUACAGCUUUAGAUUUGAACUGGGAAUUUGAGGUUUUGUUGGUUACUAAUUGAAUGUCAUUACUACCGGAACUGUGGUAGUGAUGCAUCUCUAUGAAGUUGAUCAAGGGAGUUUGUAGUGUGAAGUGGGUCAUUUUACUCCAACGAAUUCUACUGUGUUGAAAAAAGAAAUAAAUAAUCCACAUGCAAUUUUAUGAAAACAUAUAUGCAUUAUCUAACAGCACAAACUGAAUACUCAGUAGCACACAAAGAAACUGCUUUGGGUCGAGAAAUAUAACGUCUCUUUCUGAAAAAAAAAAAAAAAGGUUACGCAGGAGAAUGUUUAACUUGUUUUAUAUUUCUGAUUUACUUCCUGAUCAUAAAACCUCUAUUAACUCUUUCAGCUCUGCAGAGCUGUUGUUGUUAUUCCUGGGAAAGUGCAGGCAGUUCAAGUACUGUAGAAUAGGGAAGAUAAACAGCGUAACAGUAAUAUAUUAAUAAGUAUAUCUUUAGCCCAUUUUGUUAGAUUUUCAGUUGAAAGAUGCUAUUGAAUUAGCUCAGGUUUCUUUGAAGCUAUUUAGUGCUGAAAUUGUCUUCAUUCCUGUAUGCAUAAUCACUGACAGUAUAUAUUCAGAACAAUACUUUUAAUAUAGGGUAGAAGCAUAGCAUUCCUGUGAAGUGCAGUACAGUUUUAGCGGUGAUAUGCUGAAACAGCUGUAUACACUGUGCACAGUGUGGUGACCCUCGUGCUGGUCUUCUAAGAUGAAGGGACACCAGUACUAUAGGCUUCUUGCAUGCGCUGUGGCUGUAAAAAGGUCCAUAUAAGCUGGGCCACAGUCACAUUUUAUUUU